ACUCUCUGAUACACCCACUAAAUGAAUGAACGAAUGAUGACUUCCGAAUAAACAUAUCUUCAAUGCUUUCAGAUGUUGAAUAUGGAAUGGGAGAGACGACUCCAAUACAUCUGUGGAAAAUGUUGGUUGCAUAUCUGGGAGUUUCAUCAAUUCCAGGAGUCUAUAGUUGAGGUGCAGAAGGGUCUGCACCUUCCUAUAGAAGCGGCAAAAGACGUGGCGGAAGUUGUUAAGAUUAAAACUGAGAUGAGUAUAAAUCAGCUGGAAGACCUGGAAGUUAGCGCUAGCACUGAAGUUUUAAUGAAACCUACAGCCCUUGCCUUUGAAAUAAAAACUGAAGAGCCUUUGGAUCUCAACAAUGAUUACGAAGGCAUGUCUCCUCAGACCCAGUAUACGGAUGAAGAAAUGUCUAGUGGCAAAGAAACUACAUCCUUGAUGAAUGAUGAUGAACCCAAUGAAGAUUAUAGCUCGAAUGAUGACCUGCCCUUAACAUCCUUCGGACAGAAAAGCCUUUCCUCUACAGAAAGUAAAGUUCCUGCUACAAAAAGGUCUGUGGAGCAGUUUGAUGAGUUGGUAGCUUUGUGGCGUUCCUGCUUGAAAUGUGAUAUUUGUCAUCAGCUGAUGCCCAGCUAUUCCCAGUUGGAGGAACAUUUUAGAAAUAACCAUGCUUCAGAAAGUUGUUACCUUAUGUGUUGCCAAUUGAGGUUGCAAACACGUUACGAUAUUGAAAACCACAUGCACUAUCACAAUGCCCCACAGCAGCUUAGAUGUGAUGCCUGUUGCAAGGCUUUCCGUUUGGAGAGAUAUUUAAAAGCUCACAAAAAGAAAAUCCACACCAGCAAGGGAGAAGAUAAAAAUGCUAAACCCAGCGAGAGUAGAUCGCAAGGGAAAUAUCGUUGCGGCAAAUGCUCGAAGGCCUUUGCAAGAAAAAAGAGUUUGACCCAACACAUUCGUAAUGCCCAUAAACCCAAGAUGUUGGAAUGUAACAUUUGUGAAAAAUCCUUUGUGCGUCCCUAUGCACUGCGCGAGCAUUUGGCCAGCCACAAAGGCGAGAAGACGCAUGCCUGCUCUUUUUGUGCCGAGACAUUUACCUGCCGAUCUUAUUUGCGUCGGCAUAUGAGAAUAUAUCAUGCCCAGGAAUGGAAUAAGAUGCAAAGCGAGGCGGCUCAAAGAGAGACCCCAAAAGGAUAUCGCAUAGAAUACCGAGGAAGUGGUAUGGUCUAUGUUUGCAUCUAUUGUUCCGAGGAGUACGAAAAUCCACCAAUCAAUCAUAUCAAUGAAUGUCAAAGAGACAAUGCAUUAACAGAGCCUAAAACGGGGUAUCGCCGAGAAACUCGGGGAGAGAGUAUUGUGUAUAUUUGCAUUUAUUGCUCCAAGGAAUAUGAAAAGCGGCAAUCCAUGUACAAUCAUCUCUACCGAUGUCAAAGAGACGAUGUUCCAAUAGAUCCCAAAAAGAGUUAUCGGCGAGAAACUCGGGGCAAGAGUAUGGUUUAUAUUUGCAUUCAUUGCUCCAAGGAAUAUGAAAAGCGGUAUUCCAUAUACAAUCACAUUAGGCGAUGUCAACAAGACGAUAGACAAAUAGAGCCUAGAAGGGGAUAUCGGCGAGAAACUCGGGGAGAGCAUAAAGUCUAUGUUUGCAUUUUUUGUUCCAAGGAGUAUGACAAGUGGCAAUCCAUGAACAAUCAUAUGUACCGAUUGCACAGAGACGAAGCAUCCUUGGCGAAGCAGGCACCAAAAAUUUCUAAACCCCCAGUGCCAACUAUGCAGCAGCAAACGAUUCGUAAUCGAAGAGUUCGAAAACUAAAACGGAUUACAGCACCGCAAACAAGUAAUGUAGCCAACAAAACACCAGAUGGUGAUAACUUAAAAGAGCUGGGCAAAGAAGGAGAAGAAGAAGAAAAUACAUUGAUGCCCCCUAUGGAGGGAACAGAAAUGAAAGAUGACAAUGCAGCAAGGACUUAUGUGAAGACCGAACAAUUUUCAGCUGACACAAAUGCCUUGGGAAAUGAGGAAAUGAAAGUGAAUGAACAUGAUGUGCCACCAGAGUUUGAAGUUACAACCUGGGAAAGUGAAGAAUUCAUAAAAUCCGAAAGAGAAUUUAUUUAACUAUAAGCAGAAGAAGAAUAUUGACAAAACAUUACAGAGAAAAAUUCCAUAGUUUCUUAUAUAAGCCACAAUUUUGCUGCUCCAAAUCUUUAUAAAUUACUUUUGUUUGCUUGAGACAUUCAACGAGCUGAUUGGGAUAUUCAGCAGAUUUUCAUAUAUCAAGUAAGGGAAAGCCCUCCACAAACAGCUGGGGUUUCUUCUACAGAAUCAGCUGACUUUCAUAGAUUAAUGUGUGUAAAUCAGCUGUUUUUUGACGGGAAACAGUUGUUUUGGAUGACAUACGCUCAUUUGAACAGAUUUAGCUUUAGCAUAUUUUUGUUAACGCAUACUUUUCAAAAUACAAAGAAACUAUUUUUAGAAUAAUUGUAGUAACCAUAACAAUUAUGUGUGAAAAAAAUAAAGGUCUGGCUAUGCUCUCGUAAACAUACCGUAAA